AAGAUGAUCAAGGUGAAGUUUCAUUUGAAAUCGACGAACUUGAUCCUCAACUGGCCAGGGAAAUUUACGAUUAUACCAUGAAAAAUGUCCCCAAGGCAGGAAAAGGUAAAAAGAGUCAACCUUCUGCUAAGAGACCUCGAAAUAAUCAAAACCUAGAUAAUGAAGAACGUAUUAAGGCUUUGGAAGAUGCAUUGGUGAAGUUCGAUCAAAAACUCCCGUCUCCCGUUACUGAAGCUUCAAAUGAGAAUCCAGAUAAUUCAAAUGAAAGUUCUCCUGGUAGCCAAAGUACGAGCGGAGAAUCUUCUGAAAGUCUAAGUUCUAAUUCAUCUGGUUCUGAUUCUGAGGGUUCAAGUAGUGAAA